UACCUAUGUAUUACGUGCUUGCCUGUAUUCUUCGCUAAUUACAUUCAGGCGACAGACAAUAUGAUUACGAUAAAUAAAUUUUUAGUGUUUUUAAUUUUUUCCCAAGUAGUCUAUGCAUUCCCCAAGCCCGAAGAUGACAUGUCCAUAUUCUACAAGCACGCUGACCGAAACGCUCGUAUCGUGGGAGGGACCCCAGCGGCUCGCGGCAGCCAUCCUCAUAUGGUCGCUAUGACCAAAAAUUUUCUCAUCAGGAGCUUAGUCUGCGGAGGAUCAUUGGUCACUCCUCGUACCGUACUCACGGCUGCCCAUUGUAUAGCUUCGGUCUUUUCUUCAGGUGCUCUGUCUAGUUCCCUGCGCGUGGUGGUCGGCACCAAUCAAUGGAACUCCGGUGGCCAGAUCUACGCUGUCGCUAGAAACAUCACACAUCCAAACUACGUAUCUCAAACAUUAAAGAACGAUCUAGGUCUCCUCAUCACCACUUCUGAUGUAGAGUAUAAUGACCUAGUCAGACCAAUUGCAUUGAACUUCAUUCCAAGUGGUUUUCCGGUCAGGGUUGCUGGAUGGGGCAGGAUUGGGCGUAACCAGCCCCUGUCUCCCGACCUCCUGGAGAUCAACGCCCGUAUAAUCGACGGUGACGGCUGUGUGAGGGCUGUACGCCAAGCGAUCAUUGACCUCGGAAUCCAAGCUCCACCUGUAGAACCACACAUCGAGAUUUGCACGUUCCACGCUGCUGGUACUGGUACCUGUAAUGGCGACAGCGGCAGUGCAUUAGUUCGUAUCGACAACGAUGAAGAAAUCGGCAUCGUAUCCUGGGGAUUCCCGUGCGCAAAGGGAGCCCCCGACAUGUUCGUCAGAAUCAGCGCCUACCGCGCCUGGCUAGAAGAGAACAUCAUAUAAAUCCGACAUGUCUAUGAGGCUAGCCAAAUAAACACUUACUAAAUGA